AUGAACAGGGCAAUUCAAAACUACGAGGCCAUAGAGCCAGUGAAGAGUCUUUUUACAACAUAUCAUAGCGAGCCCCGAGACGACUGCUACCUCCUAUUUGAAUUGCUGCAGGUCCCAUUUGCUCUAUCUGGAGUAAGCACCGAUGAAUAUUUUUCCAUUGUGCUUUCGUCUCCUAAUAGCAAUUUGAGCUUCUCAUCAGCCUCCAACGUCAGCGCUUCUUCAAAAUGGCGAUCCCUUUCUGUAAAAAGCGGCGAGUACUUAGGUGAAUUGGUGAGAAUAAAUAGAGCUCGACAAAGCGAUAUUAUCCACAUUGAUCUGUACAAGGCUGACAAACUUUUCUCUAGAGAAGAUCUCAAACUCUGGAGAGGUAGAGAACUCAUUUGUGGCAAAUGUGACUUGAUUUUUUAUAUAGAGGAUGUUAAGGUUAGUCUCGGGAUUUGUACUCAGUAUGUCGGGACGGUGCAUUACUUAGAGAAGUCCAUCGAAGAUAUUUUCAAUUGGGAGACUCUUUACAGCAAAAAUAAUCUGGAUCGCGUCGUAGUAGCAAUUGUUAGCAUCCCACAUCUGAAACAGGCAGAAAUUACAAAGGUAAGAUUAAUGGAGAUAGGCAAAUACAAGUCACACUUGCUAACAUCGAGACAGUAUUCUUACGGUCUGGUUGAAUGCCUAAUUAAAAUUCUCGAUUGUGCAACUAAAGAUCGUGAAGAGGAACAUCAUGCUAAUGUCAUAUUUACGGGUCUACUUAAUUUGCUUACAAGAAUUUCGUAUAACUACCAUGACUUAUGUUAUCUGGAAGCUAUAUUUUUAGAAGAAUUCAGUCUUGGACGACUAUCUGAGAUGCUUCUCUUUCAAAUUGAGUAUGUAAUCCUUCGGGACAACUUCAAGGGCGGUAAAUUGUUUCUGGACCUGUUUCAGUGUGGGCCAGUUCUGUCAAAAAUAAUUCGAGCUUCAGCUUUUGUAGAUAAAUCAGACCCUGAUAUUUAUCGUGAGACGAUACGCGGAAUUUUAAAAUACCUUGGUAGGAUUACGGUUCUUAUCAAAGACUUCCUUCGACAAGAUCGAUUGAGCCUCUACGAAGGGCAAAGCGCGAUCAUUAACGUUUUGUUCGAAAUUUAUGACCAUCUAUCUGUGCUUACUGGGCAAGACAUUGUAGUCAAAUGUCUCAUUGAUCUUGUUGAUUCCAUAAAGUCUUCCAACUCGGUUGUGUAUAGCUGCAAGUUACAGCUGAUUAGGAAAUUAUCGGAUUCCUGGGUUUUUAGCAGCAAGAAGUAUAGAACGUAUCUCAUAGGCCAUACCAUAAAAUGGGGUCUGUCGUAUAUCUUGGGCCAAAAAGCAGGAGCUGAUGUUGAGCCAGCUGAAUACACAAGCAAUUUAAUCCAGAUAAGACUUCUAUGCGGUAUCUUUUCUACCCAACUCAAAGUACUUUGGAAGGACAACUCGACAAGUUUAAAGCUAAGAACCUUGUUUGGCAAGCUUCUUCCUAUUUUGAGUAGUCUCUACUCUCGGUUACUAGAAAAUUUCAACAAUUCUGAACGGAUUCCUAGAACUGCUUUUUCUCCUUUGUUUCCUGAAAGAUACCCCUUUGAUGCUUGGCCAAGAGACUCAUUGGUUAAUGAUGCUAUUUUUGAUGAAACUCUUAUUGAGUUGGGUAUUGUAAUUACAAUGCUAGUCGACUUAGUUGUUGAUUCUAUAUCCAAGUAUAAUCCAUCAAGAAACAUCUCCUCGGUAGAACUACGAGGUGUAAUUCUACAAAUUGUGAUAGCAGCCACCAAUAUGGUUGAAUCACCGCCAUUUCCACAGUCUUGGAUAUCUCUAUACACGGUGAACCAUAAAACAGCGUUUAAAAUGCUGAGCUACAUCAGCGAUACUAUGAUUAAGCACUUUAUCCCAAACAAUAAGACAGAACCAUUUCACGCUGAUAUCUGGCACUCAUACCUCAGCUCACUUUCUUGUGUGGCAGGUUCAGAGCUGUUAAUAUUGGAACUUUUAUCAGAGCAGAACCGAAGAGCAGUUCACAAGAUUGCACCUGAUCUCAGAAGCCGAGCAAUGAGAUUACUCAAACAUAUGUGGGAUGUACUUGGCAGACCUGCUACCAACGAAGAAAACGGUCGCUUCGGAGUCACCCGAUUUAGUGGUCAUCAGCUGGAGCUUGUAGGCGGCCAAUAUAGCCUUGUUCCUUUUAUUCUGAAUUUAUGCCUUUUGCGGCGACCCAUUUCCCAGGUAACCGAGGUUGAUAUACUAUAUUCCAUCAUAGUUGGAGAAUGGCUUAAGAAUGGUAACCUGAAAAGAAUUAAGAGUGAAAUGGCUGUGUCUAUGGAUGAUAUAUUCACCAGUCGAAAGUCACUUCCCGAAGACAGAGAUUGUAAAGUAUUUGAGAAUCAACUAAUGCAGUCAAUUGAGCUAAUGAAAGAAAAUGAUGAAGCUCGUGAGCAGAUGAAAAGUGAAAUUACCGACUUGUUCGAGUUUCUUGAUAUGCUGCUUGAGCUAUACAAUAUUCCACCAGGUGGAGCAUUUACCGAAGACAGAACAUUUCAUGCAUUAAAUGUUUUGAACUUUUUGAAAGAUUGUGAUCAAGAAGAGAAGCUAGUGAGAUAUGUAUUUGACAUUGUAGCUACUAGUAUUCCAAGAAAGAAUUAUACCGAAGCCGGUCUGGCCUUACAACUUUUGGCCAAUUCCUACGAUUGGAGGUACGAUCAAAGAACUGACAGCAUUUGGGGACUGAAAAGCCAAUUUCAAUUACCUAGUCAGACAGAAUUUGAAAGAAAAGAAGCCCUUUAUGAGAUGAUUAUUCAAUUUUUCAUUCGUGGGCAGUCUUACGAACUAGCCGCUGCAGUAGUCGAGGAAUUAACUAAAGUGUAUGAAUUUGUCGCCUUGGACUUUUAUAAGCUUUCGGCAUCGCAUUCUAUGCUCGCAAGACUUUAUAAAUGGAUAGACUCAACCGAUCGCCCCAUUCCACAGUUUUUCAGAGUUGUUUAUUUAGGGGUCGGAUUUCCAAGUUCGUUACAAAACCGACAAUUCAUAUUUCAAGGGCGACCGGGCGACAAGCUUGAGACGAUUCAUGACAGACUACAUCGGACUUAUCCUGGUGCAACAAUUGUCAGCCAUGAAUCGAAAGCAAAAAAAGAUACACAAUACUUGUUUGUAUCGUGUGUGGACCCUGAGCCACCCAUGUCUCAUUCCGAAAUGUGCGAGUUUCUGCUAUCGAAACCUGCAGCUUCUCCAUAUACCAAGGCGUACAUUCUAAGAAUGAAGACUAAACGGUUUUCAUAUUCAAGGCCCUUGCCAGGAAGUACAUCAGCAUCAAAUAUGAAAGUUGAGAAAUCUACUUAUGAGACGUACCAGUCAUUCCCUACCAUCGUGAAGCGCAGUGAAAUCAAGACUUGCGAGGUCGAAAUUCUUUCACCGCUAGAAAAUGCUUUAAUGAUGUUAAGAGACAAGACGUCAAAUUUAAUAGAGCUUGAAAAUCUAUUUCGAAUUGAAGAAACAAGAGGUGGAAUAGGUGGUCAUAAUAUUGUAACCCAAGCCAAUGUUCAAAUGUUAGAUCUAGUCUUGUCUGGUGCAAUUGACUCACCAGUAAAUGGUGGUAUUAAUAUAUACCGUGAUUUACUCCAAGACGAGUCGAAAAACUUGGAGGAAGCCAAUAAAAGUGAUUUAGUAACAGAUUUGAAACUGGCGCUUCUGGACUACACUGCGGCCAUAAACAGAGCAUUGGUAUACCAUGGGAAGAAGAUCUCUCCAAGUCUCAGGCCCCAUCAUGAGCUGUUGGUAAAACUCUUUGAACAAAAUUUCAAAAUGGAAUUAGAGGAACUUAAAGAGGAGAUGACUACCGGCUCAUAUCAAGCAUAUCAAUGGGAACGGUCUUAUACGCGCCCAAACAAGCUGAUCGCUGCUGUAGCAGAGAACUUAAAUGGAGAGCUGGUUGUUGAUAGCCUCCGACGUAAAGGUGAAGCCAUGAAUGGCCCUCAUUCAAGUUCUUCAUCUUCUGUUGGACUAAACCCAACAAUAAGACUAUAG